AUGGUUCAAAUAACGAAAUCAUGCAAGGAAAUAAAGCGCGUUGGCAUUCUGACAGAAUGUGGACGAUUUAAUAUCAAUAUUAAUGGUCGAUCAAUCAAAACAAAGAAGUCAUCUGCAGUUUGUUUUUCAGAUUUAAUCCAAGAAAAAUGCAUUAUUAAUAAAUCGAGAUCAUCAUAUGAAGCAAAUCUCGACCUUAGAUGUGAAGAUUCAAUUGAUAUACUUUCAGAGUUUCUUGAAACAGGAAAACUUGACUUUGAAGAAGAUGAAUCACAUUAUCAUGAUAUAUUUGAAAUUGGAAAACAUUUUGGAAAUCAAUUAUUCAUACAAUUAUAUACAGAACAUGUUAAAUUAGAUAAAUCUAUUACAAAAGAAAAUGUUUUUCAAAAGUAUGAAAUUUCAGUUUUUGAAAAUGAUAUUAUAACAGAAAACGAAUGCAUUAGAUUCAUUUCAUCACAUUUGUAUUGUUUAGAUGAUAGAGAUAUCAUUGAACAUUUCGCAAAAAAUGGAUAUGAAUUUUGUGAAAAAAUCAUUACCUCAGACGAAUUAAAGAUCGACAACGAAGAUCAUUUAUCUCUUUUACUUUUAUCAAUCUGCAAACAGAAUGAUAUAUUCUUUGACUUAUUUAGAUACAUCAAACUUACAUUUUGUUCACGAGAAACUUAUGACAUAAUUUAUAAUUUUUGUAUUGAACAUUCAUUCGAAAGAGUUCUUCUUUCUAUAUAUAACGAAACAUUAAAGAAUUAUCAUUCAAAUUUUAGAGAAAAUAUUGAAAUCUCAAAUGAACCUGUUUCAUCAUUCGAAAAACCUUUAAUUAACAAUCAAUUUACAAUAUCAAAUAACUCUAUUUGUGCUUAUAACAUUCUAAAAGCUUCUGAAGAAAUUAAAAUGGAAUUUACAGCUUCAUCUGUUGAAAAUGGAAGAAGUUUAUCAGAUAUAAAUUCUUAUAGAAGUGAUGUUCAAUCCUGUACAGACAAUCAUCCUAAUUCAUGGAUAAAAGCUGAUCUAAAAGGAUAUAAACUAAAACCAAUAUCUUAUAUUUUACAAUCAAACAAUCAAAAUGAUUAUAAUUUAUUGAGGAGAUGGAAGUUAGAAGGAAUCAAAGAAGAUGGAACAACUGUUGUAUUAGAUAAUGAUAAAUAUUAUGAAUUCAAACAAAGUGAAAUCAAAGAAUUUCCACUUCAAACCAAAGAAUAUUUUGUAUCUUUCAAAUUAACUCAAACAGGAAAGACUUCAAGCGAUGAAGAUUUUUUAAUAAUUAAUAUUUUUGAUUUCAAAGGUGAAUUAAUAAAAAUAUAA